AUGGCGGACCUCCAACACGGUGCAAUCGGCACGCACUCGAGCAAUUCCUCUUCGGAAAAUCCAAAUCAUCUGAAUACGAAUAUCGAAUCGGGCGCUUUCGACGAGAAGACAGGGCACCAUGAAAUCACCACCAGCAAGCAGCUGCGCGAAGAAGAAGAGGAAGACGAGGACAUGGACGCUCUGAUCGAUGAGCUCGAAUCACAAGACGGCCAUGCCGAAGAGGAGGAAGAAGAUGAUGCUGCCAAUCCUAGUACAGGACGAGUUGUUCCAGAAGACCAGCUACAAACGGACACUCGAAUGGGUCUCACAGAAUCGGAGGUUCUUGCUCGCCGCAAGAAGUACGGCAUGAAUCAGAUGAAGGAGGAAAAGGAAAACUUGAUUCUCAAGUUCCUUGGAUACUUUAUUGGUCCUAUUCAAUUCGUGAUGGAGGCUGCUGCUGUUCUCGCUGCCGGUCUUCAAGACUGGGUCGAUUUCGGUGUUAUCUGCGCUCUUCUAUUGCUCAAUGCUGCUGUUGGUUUUAUCCAAGAGUACCAAGCUGGCUCCAUUGUCGACGAAUUAAAAAAGACCCUCGCCCUCAAGGCAGUGGUACUUCGUGACGGCCGUCUUUUCGAGGUUGAGGCUCCCGAAGUUGUUCCUGGCGAUAUCCUCCAAGUUGAAGAAGGAACCAUUAUUCCCGCCGACGGUCGCAUUGUGACGGACGAUGCUUUCCUCCAAGUCGAUCAAUCCGCCAUCACCGGCGAAUCACUCGCUGUCGACAAGCACAAGGGUGAUCAAUGUUAUGCCUCCUCUGGUAUCAAGCGUGGUGAAGCCUUCAUGGUCAUCACUGCCACUGGAGAUAACACCUUCGUUGGACGUGCCGCCGCUCUCGUUAACCAAGCUUCAUCCGGAACUGGGCAUUUUACUGAGGUCCUGAACGGCAUUGGAACGGUUCUUCUGGUCCUGGUCAUUUUCACCCUUCUCAUUGUCUGGAUUUCCUCCUUCUACCGUUCCAACCCGAUCGUGCUUAUCCUUGAGUACACUCUUGCCAUUACUAUCAUUGGUGUUCCAGUCGGUCUUCCGGCUGUGGUCACCACUACUAUGGCUGUCGGUGCCGCAUACCUCGCAAAGAAGCAGGCCAUUGUCCAGAAGCUCUCCGCCAUUGAGUCUUUGGCUGGUGUGGAGAUUCUUUGCUCCGACAAGACCGGUACAUUGACCAAAAACAAGCUUUCCCUCGCUGAGCCCUUUACUGUUCCAGGUGUUGAAGCCGAUGAUCUUAUGCUGACUGCUUGUCUUGCUGCAUCUCGCAAGAAGAAGGGUAUCGACGCUAUUGACAAGGCUUUCUUGAAGGCUCUUCGAUUCUACCCCCGGGCCAAGUCUGUCCUCUCAAAGUACAAGGUUAUUGAGUUCCACCCCUUUGACCCAGUCUCCAAGAAAGUCCAAGCUAUCGUACAGUCACCACAAGGCGAGCGUAUUAUCUGUGUCAAAGGCGCACCACUCUUCGUUCUCAAGACUGUCGAGGAAGACCACCCAAUUCCAGAAGAUAUCGAUCAGGCCUACAAGAACAAAGUAGCUGAAUUCGCUACUCGCGGUUUCCGUUCUCUUGGUGUUGCCCGCAAACGUGGUGAAGGCCAAUGGGAGAUUCUUGGUAUCAUGCCAUGCUCUGACCCUCCUCGACACGAUACUGCUCGCACUAUCAACGAAGCUAAGACUCUCGGUCUCUCCAUUAAAAUGUUGACUGGUGAUGCUGUCGGUAUCGCACGUGAAACAUCCCGACAACUCGGUCUCGGUACAAAUGUUUAUAACGCUGAACGUCUUGGUCUUGGUAGUGGAGGCGGUGACAUGCCAGGUUCGGAAGUCUACGAUUUCGUCGAAGCCGCCGAUGGAUUUGCUGAGGUUUUCCCGCAACACAAGUACAACGUAGUCGAGAUUCUCCAACAACGUGGGUAUCUUGUCGCUAUGACAGGUGAUGGUGUGAACGACGCCCCAUCGCUCAAGAAGGCCGAUACUGGUAUUGCUGUCGAGGGUGCAUCAGAUGCAGCUCGCUCCGCCGCUGACAUCGUCUUCCUUGCCCCGGGUCUCGGUGCGAUUAUUGAUGCUCUUAAAACUUCCCGACAAAUCUUCCAUCGUAUGUACGCUUACGUCGUCUACCGUAUCGCCUUGUCUCUUCACUUGGAAAUCUUCCUUGGUCUCUGGAUCGCCAUCUUGAACAGAUCUCUCAAUAUUGAGUUGGUUGUUUUCAUUGCUAUCUUCGCCGAUGUCGCCACCUUGGCUAUUGCAUAUGAUAAUGCUCCAUUCUCCAAGUCCCCUGUCAAGUGGAAUCUUCCAAAGCUUUGGGGUAUGUCUGUUCUUCUCGGUGUCAUUCUUGCUAUUGGUACCUGGAUCACCCUCACCACCAUGAUUGCUCGUGGAGAAGAUGCUGGUAUUGUACAAAAUUUUGGUGUCAUGGAUCCUGUUCUUUUCCUCGAGAUCUCGCUUACCGAAAAUUGGCUCAUCUUCAUUACUCGCGCCAACGGUCCGUUCUGGUCCUCCAUUCCCUCCUGGCAACUAACCGGUGCCAUCUUGGUUGUCGACAUUCUUGCAACAUUUUUCACCCUGUUUGGUUGGUUCGUCAACGAAGGUCAGACCUCCAUUGUUGCAGUCGUUCGUAUCUGGAUCUUCUCAUUCGGUGUCUUCUGUGUCAUGGGUGGUGUCUACUAUCUCCUCCAAGAUAGUGUUGGCUUCGAUAACUUCAUGCACGGUAAAUCGUCGAAGAAGAACCAAAAACAGAGGUCUCUUGAGGAUUUUGUGGUCUCGCUUCAACGUGUCUCCACACAGCACGAGAAGUCGGCGUAA